UGGUCUCGAUCUCCUGACCUUGUGAUCCGCCUGCCUCGGCCUCCCAAAGUACUGGGAUUAUAGCCAUGAGCCACCACGCUCGGCCUCUGUCAGGCUUUAUCUUUCUCCACUCCCGGACCAGAGCUCAGCCCUGAGCCCAGAGCACUUUGCUCUCCCCAGCUCCUGCUCAUCUACUCCGGCAUCUGACCUGGUUCCUGCUGAUAAAUGCUCUGAACUGGGGGUAGGGGAAGAGGGAGGGGUGCAGUCCCACAUGGGCCUGGUGUCUCCUCCUUCACACCACACAGGGGAUCCUCAGCUCUCUGAGGCACUCUGGGCAAGUUUCCCAGGGCCCCAGACGUUAAGGUUCCCUCUGCAAAAAUGGGUGGGUUCAGCUGGCCACGUGGCCUCUCUGGGCUGAUACCCUGGGCUCAGCUACACCCCUCGGAAGGUUUUCCCUUGGGAUAUGGGCACAAGUGAAAAAUAGGGCCAUACCCUCCAACUCACUGUGGGCAUUCAGUGAAACCAUGUGUGUAAUAUGCUUUGUUAAUUGUAGAACGCUGCACAAACUCAUCAGGUCCCUCACCCAUCAGGCAGGUUCUACUGCAGACACUAGACACGCGCGAACCACUUCCCCUGCUUAGCACUCAAUUUCCAUAUAGUGAAAUGAGGUUUAUUUUGGCACUGUGGCCCAUGGUUUCUGAGAUAUGAAAAUGAAAUCAUGCAAAAAAACUCCAGCACUUUGGGAGGCCGACGAGGGUGGAUCACCAGAGGUCAGGUGUUCAACACCAGCCUGGUUAGCAUGGUGAAGCCCCGUCUCUACUAAAAAUACAAAAAUUAGCCGGGCAUGGUGGCGGGUGCAUGUAAUCUCAGCUACUCGGGAGGCUGAGGCAGGAGACUCGCUUGAACCUGGGCGGCAGAGGUUGCAGUGAGCUGAGAUUGUGCCACUGCACUCCAACCUGGGUGACAGAGUGAGACUCCGUCUUAAAAAAAAAAAAAAAAAGAAAAAAAAAAAGCCUGAUAGAGCAAAAUGCGCACUGCCCGAAGGUGACAGAAACCCAUGUUGAUGUUGGUUCCAGCGAAAGGUGCAUGGGGAAGAGAAAGGCCUGCGAGGAAGGCCCGGUCAGAAGCCAGCCAGGCCCAUGGGUGGCAGGAUGGUGGGGACACUGCCCUGCUUCUUUCUCUGUGCUUUCCUGAUGUUCUAGAAUGGAUAAGCCUUUAAACCAGAAAAAUGCAGUUGUAUUCUAACAGUGGGAAGAAAAGGAGCCCCAGAGACAGCCGGCUCCUGCUUGGUCUGAUUCUGGGGCCACCACUUGCGGGCAGUGACCGGCUGUAGGGUCUCACCAUGGGGCUUGCCUAGCACCAGGCACUUCCACCAGAGCAAGUGAAUCUGCAGCAGGAGGCCUGUGUUGCUCUAAUUCCUGGAAAUUGGGUCAUGGGAGCCCAGGCCUGGAGCUCCUGGAAUGCAGUGCUCUGAGAAUUUUGUCCAAACACCUCUGACCUCCUUCCUCCGGGGCUGGUCCAGCCUCUUUCUUCCCCUGUGUCCCCUAUGCUCCAGCCUCUUGGGCAAUUGUCAUACUCUGUAUGUGAGCCUCACCUUCCUACUUCCCGGUCUUUGCUGAUACUGGUCCCCUGCCCUCCUGAAGAGCCUGCCCCCCUCCAGCCCAGCUGCUGCCAGAGCCCCCCCUCCUUAGGAAGCCCCUCCUGCCCCUCCCAGACAGAGGUGCCCACAGGGCAGGAGCCAGGGCUGCUUAUUUCACCUCCAUGCUGAAGCCCAGUGGGCGUGGUCAUCCCUGUUGGCUGAUGUUGUUACUGACCCCGGCCUCAAAGUGCUUUUCCCACUAUCCUCCUACACACGGGUCAAGUUCUGCCUAGUGGUAGCGUUAUUUGUCAUUGCAUCUGAGCCUUGAUCCUGGGUGGGGUCAGUUUCUGUUUCUCUCCCGGCUUCUGACUCUGUACCCAGUACACUUUGUUCCCGGUACAGAGCACUCAUCUGUCCAUCCGUUCUUUCAGCAGUUACUCCCUAAGUGCCUAUUGUGCGCCGGUGACUGAGCUAGGUGGCAGGGGCACAGCUCUGCUGACAUCAGGGUGGACGGCUUGCAGUUUGCUUGCAUGUGUUUUGUGCACGCUACAUGUGUAUGCACACAGCAUGAACCUCUCCAUCACAUAUAAACUAGCGUCUCUUAGGCUACGCAGUCCUCUACGCACCUUGUGCAUUCCUGGUUAAUUCAUUCAGCGAGCAUUGACAGAGUGCCCACCAAGCAGGUGCCAGGCCCUGACAUGAAGUCUUUGCCCUUGGGAAGCACCUGUCUUGUGGAGCCAUUGCAGUGAGAGCUGGUGCAGAGGGUGAAGGGCAGGGGGUUGGGGCAGCAUCCUGGAGAGAUGGGAAAGGGGUGGCGAAGGGAAUUUCUGCCUGGCUGGGGUGUGCUUUGGGAUCCCCUCUGCGGCCCUGGGGGCAUCCCAGGCCUAGGAAAGCUGGACUGGGCCUUCUCGCUUUGGGAGUGCAAGAAGCCCUGUCUCUUUGGUUCCGCUGCUCUCAAGAGCCCCAAAGGGUGAUGAGGCUAAGAAGGUAGGAGUGGGCAGGAGUCUUGUUGCUGGGCACUGCGAAGAAAAUACGAAGUACAGUGUCCCAAAGAGGAGACAUGUGGACACGACACGGGACCUGUGAUGGAGACCUAGCUUGCUUCCUUCUCUUCCCUCCCCUCCCCUCCCCUCUUCUUUUCUUUUCUUUUUAUUCUUUUCUUUCAGACGGAGUCUGGAUCUGUCACCCAGGCUAGAGUGCAAUGGCAAUCUCGGCUCGGUCUCAAAAAAAAAAAAAAAAAAAGAGGUAGAACCUCCAGAUGCAGACAGAGAACCUGGAAUCUGGAACUUAGAGGAGGAAACCUGGAGCAGCAAACCUAGAAUGUGGGUCUUCCAGAACAUGGAGCUUGGAGGCUGCCACCCUCACCUCGAUGAGCUGCAGUGGGCACACUGGCAGCUCUGCUAAGCUGGGCUGGGAUGAGGACCCCCUCAUAGCCUCCUGGGUUCCUGACCCUGGGCACAUCCCCUCUCCAAGCAGAGGUGGACAGAGAGUAAUUGGGAGAGGAGAAGAGACAGGGUGCCUUGUUCCAACCGAGGGCAGGCUCCCUGGGUGCCCAGAGCCCCAGCCAGCUGUGCGCUUGCUCUGUCAGGACCACCACCAGCAGGAAGCUAACUGAUGCUCAGGUUCCCAGAUCCCAGGGGCAACGCUGCCACCCUCCUGCCCAGGAGCUGCAGUCUGCAGGCAGAUGCGGCCUUGUCACUUCCCCAGGUCUCCACGGUGGCAGAGCCACGUUCAAGCCCAUUCCGUCACUUAGCAGCGCACCUGCAGCACCAGGCAUGAGGCAGUGAACACACAGCCGUGAGCUGCGGUUCAGAUGCUGGCAGGGAGGAUCCUAACUGCUGAGCCGCUCUUCCUUUCCCACCAUCUUCCCAUAACUCCUCCUGGCCGUGAAGGCUCCAGUCAUUUCCUGUAUCUCCCCUCUGCCACCGGUAUCCCGUUGGAAGGGGCCCUUAGGAUUCACGUAGCUAAGCUGCCUCAUUGGGGUGUGACAAGCCCAAGUUGGCAAAGCAGGCAGGACUAGGACCGUGGGCCACUUGUGUGAGCCCCAGACAGGCCUGAGAGCCCUGCAGCAUUGACUGGAAGGUGUGGGUGUGUGGAUUUGGGGUGGUCACUUAUUCGUUCAACAAACUGAAGGUGAGCACCUUUUUUGUGUGGGGCUCAGUGCUUGAGGCUGGGGACCCAGGGGCGUCAGACAGCACAGACCUUGUGUGGGACAAGGGGUUCUGGGGAGUAGGCCGGGGUCAGGGAGGCCUGGAGAAGUGCAGCUCAGCCGAAUCCUCCAGGAGCAGGCACGGAGAUUGAAGGGUGAGAUUACACAGAAACUUCUGUGCCUCCUUGAGGGACUUGGACUUUCUCCUGAGGGCAGCAGUUCCAAACUGGGAGGGGCAGCAUCAGAUGUGGCUUUCGCUUGGCUCAUGGGGGCUGGGUUGGGGGCCCAUUGAGGAAGCUGCUGCCAUUCCAGUGAGCGAAUAAAGAUGAGACGCUACAAGCUCUUUCUCAUGUUCUGUAUGGCCGGCCUGUGCCUCAUCUCCUUCCUGCACUUCUUCAAGACCCUGUCCUAUGUCACCUUCCCCCGAGAACUGGCCUCCCUCAGCCCUAACCUGGUGUCCAGCUUCUUCUGGAACAAUGCCCCGGUCACGCCCCAGGCCAGCCCCGAGCCAGGAGGCCCUGACCUGCUGCGUACCCCGCUCUACUCCCACUCGCCCCUGCUGCAGCCGCUGCCGCCCAGCAAGGCGGCCGAGGAGCUCCACCGGGUGGACUUGGUGCUGCCUGAGGACAACACCGAGUAUUUCGUGCGCACCAAGGCCGGCGGCGUCUGCUUCAAACCCGGCACCAAGAUGCUGGAGAGGCCGCCCCCGGGACGGCCGGAGGAGAAGCCCGAAGGGGCCAACGGCUCCUCGGCCCGGCGGCCACCCCGGUACCUGCUGAGUGCUCGGGAGCGCACUGGGGGCCGGGGCGCGCGGCGCAAGUGGGUGGAGUGCGUGUGCCUGCCCGGCUGGCACGGACCCAGCUGCGGCGUGCCCACCGUGGUGCAGUACUCCAACCUGCCCACCAAGGAGCGGCUGGUGCCCAGGGAGGUGCCGCGCCGCGUCAUCAACGCCAUCAACGUGAACCACGAGUUCGACCUGCUGGACGUGCGCUUCCACGAGCUGGGCGACGUGGUGGACGCCUUUGUGGUGUGCGAGUCCAACUUCACGGCUUACGGGGAGCCGCGGCCGCUCAAGUUCCGGGAGAUGCUGACCAAUGGCACCUUCGAGUACAUCCGCCACAAGGUGCUCUAUGUCUUCCUGGACCACUUCCCGCCUGGCGGCCGGCAGGACGGCUGGAUCGCCGACGACUACCUGCGCACCUUCCUCACCCAGGACGGCGUCUCGCGGCUGCGCAACCUGCGGCCCGACGACGUCUUCAUCAUUGACGAUGCGGACGAGAUCCCGGCCCGCGACGGCGUCCUCUUCCUCAAGCUCUACGAUGGCUGGACCGAGCCCUUCGCCUUCCACAUGCGCAAGUCGCUCUACGGCUUCUUCUGGAAGCAGCCGGGCACCCUGGAGGUGGUGUCCGGCUGCACGGUGGACAUGCUGCAGGCAGUGUACGGGCUGGACGGCAUCCGCCUGCGCCGCCGCCAGUACUACACCAUGCCCAACUUCAGGCAGUACGAGAACCGCACCGGCCACAUCCUGGUGCAGUGGUCGCUGGGCAGCCCCCUGCACUUCGCCGGCUGGCACUGCUCCUGGUGCUUCACGCCCGAGGGCAUCUACUUCAAGCUCGUGUCCGCCCAGAAUGGCGACUUCCCACGCUGGGGUGACUACGAGGACAAGCGGGACCUGAACUACAUCCGCGGCCUGAUCCGCACCGGGGGCUGGUUCGACGGCACGCAGCAGGAGUACCCGCCCGCAGACCCCAGCGAGCACAUGUAUGCGCCCAAGUACCUGCUGAAGAACUACGACCGGUUCCACUACCUGCUGGACAACCCCUACCAGGAGCCCAGGAGCACGGCGGCGGGCGGACGGCGCCACAGGGGUCCCGAGGGAAGGUCGCCCGCCCGGGGCAAACUGGACGAGACGGAAGUCUAGGGCUGCAUGAUCUGAUAGGGCUCGUGGCAGGGUGGGGGUGGCGGCGGCCCCUAGCGCUAUCUCCCUGCCUCCUGCCGGCUCCGUGGUUCUUGAGGGGACCAGGAGUGGGUGGGGAGUGGGGUUGGGGGUAGGGUUUCCCUACUGAAGCCCUUGAGAAUCAAGGGUCAGGCGUUUGAGCUCAGAAAACAUCCCUCCUGUUGGGAGAGGGCGCAGGCCGUGACAUCUGGGUGGCCCUUAUGACUGCCAAGACUGCUGUGGCCAGGAGGUGCCACUGGAGUGUGCCCCUGGGUAGCGGGGGAGGGCAGGCAGGACUGGGGAAGAGAGCCUGCAGGAUCUCACCAGGCAGCCUCUGGGGGGUGGCCAGGCCGGGAAAAAGCCCACCAUUUGGCAUCCCUGGGCCUUGGGCUCGGUGUGGGAGACCGGCCUGCCAGGAGGACCCAGGGCUCUGUAAGUAGAUGCAUUUGGGUCCAGGAGGAAGCGUGGACACCUGGGAGGGAAAAGAUGAAAAAGCCACAUCCUACCAAGAGGAGGUGCUGAGGGAUGCUUUGCAGUGUAGUCAGAAGUGCUGGGCCAGAUGGAGACAGAACUCCACCCCCUGCCGCAAAGGACAGGACCUGGCUGCCCUGGGAUGCUGGUGCCUGAGUCUGUCUCUGUGCACCCCUCAGGCUGUCGUGAGCCAACACAGGGGCCUGGAGAACCCUGAGGAGCUUUCCUUUUGGUUCCAAACCCGGCGUUGACGUUCCUUCUCCCUUUCACAUUGCUGUCUUGUGGACUGCACUCAGUCCUUGCAAGGCCAAGAGUCCAGUUAUAGGUGUGGCCUUGAGGGGGAAGUGGGGAGGAGAAGACUGACAUGAGGCCUCUGCACGGAUCCGUCUCUCCCUCCCCAUCACCCCUUCCUUCUGACACCCAGUCCCAGCUGUCCACUGUCCCAGGUGCAGUCACUGUUGUGCCCUUCCUUGGGGCAGGCUGGCUGGGGGCCAGGAAGGGGCCAUGAGGCUGUCUUGGGCCCAAGAAGGGACAAUAAGGCCAGUUGUAUGCUUCCUAUUCCUCAUAGCUUGCCUUGGUGGGGAUGUCUUUGUUGGAGUUGAGUCUGAGCUGCUGUGAUUAGGAGACCCUGAAAUACAGUGGUUUAAGCAAGACAGAAGCUUGUUUCUAAUUAGUCUAGAUUGAGAUGGCCCAGAGCUGGUAGGGCAGCUCUGCGUUUCUUCAUACGCACCUUCCAAUUUUGGGUACACAGCGGCUGCUCCAGCGCCCACCCUUCUGUGUGCAUCCAAGCCUGGGGGAAGCAGAAAUAGGCAAGAGGGGCACACCCACUUUUUGCUAAAGGCAUGAGCCAGAAUUGGCAGGCUCACCUCUGCUGGCCUCUCAUUGGCUGGGACUCAGUCACAUGGCCACAAGCAGCUGCAAGGGAACCUGGGAAGUGUAGUCUUCAGCGGGGCCGCCAUGUGCCUGGCCUCACCUUGGGAGUUACCUUAUUGAUGGAGGAGAAGAGAAUGGAUAUGGGGGACCAGUAGCAUCUCUGGGAGUGGGGGAGGGAGCAGCAAUAACUCAGUCGUCGGAUCCAGCUCUCAUUGUCAGAGUUUCCAGAACAGCUUGCUCCUCUUUCCCUCACUGUGCAGCCCAGGGCUGGGGGCAGUGAGGAGCCUGCAGCUCUGUGGGAAGGGGAAACACCCCCUCCCCUCGGCCCCUCAGACGCUACCCAAUGAUGCCGGUUUGCAGAGUUGGCCUGUGGAAUGGCUCAUGUUUGUGCGUGUGUGUGUGUAUAUUUAUGGGCAUGGGUGCAUGCUUGGUGUGUAUUUGUACAUGUCUGUAUUGCUGUGUCCCUGUAAAUACAUGCUUGUGUAUGGAUGGAGGCCAGGCCCAGGCCUGGCCUCUUCCUUGGGCCUGUGGCCACACCUCCUGCAGCUCCCCAAAAUGACUGAGGCAGAAAGCCCUUGGGGAGCCUAGAAAGCAAAGCUAAAGGGGAUGCAGGGUCUGUCUAUCUGUCUGUCUUUCAGUCUGAGGAAUGAGAAUCCUGACCUGAGGGCUGUGCAGCUGAGAGCCCACUACCUCCCCAGCCCCUCUCGGCCCCAGCCGCAUAAUCCCACCCGUCCCCUCCCCCCACCUCCAGUGGGGCUUUCUCCGGAUGUCUUAUGGUUGGGGGUUUCCUGAUGGGCCAGGAGAGGAGGGCAUCUCCUUGCCACAGCUCUGUCUGGGUUAAGUGCCCAGUGAGUGCAUGGUGUGGGGAGCUGGCCUCAGAGCAGCCACUGGUGGGCAAGCGUGAAGUGGGCUGAGGGGCUCUGAACCACUUUGCUCCCAUCCAGGGGACUGCCCCCCAUGGAACUCCUCCUUUGAAGUCACAGCAGCCUUCCUUUCUGUUUGCUCUUGGGGCUGAGAGGUGGCUUAAAAACUUGGGGUCCCUGUGGCUCUGGGUCAAUCCAGGCCAGGCUGCACCCCAUGGACAGGGAGUCUCAGGGCUCCUGAUCAUGCCCAGGCCCUGGCCUGGGGCCUCCCUCCUUGGCAGCUUUCUCACCCCCACGGCCCUGGCACCCUCAGUUGCUAUGGGAUGCCCCUCCAGGGCACCGGCUCAGGGCUAAGGGAGGAAGAUAGGAGCAGCUCAGAGCUGCCAGGCUCUGCCUUCCUCGCAGACCUGGUGGGGCAGGGCCUGUUCACAGCAGCAGGAAUGAAGGCCUGGCCAUCGGUGGAGAGGACAGCUGUCAGAGGGGUGGGGGCCAGGGCGUGGGAUUGAAGAGUUUCACAUAUCAUCACAGCAUACACUGGGAAUUUGGUGGGGACAGAAAAACCCAGGGCCACUCCUUCAAUAUGAAGGGAAACCAAGCUGAAUGUGACCACCGGCACACUGCUGCCAUGUCCCGUGUCCACGUUUCUCCCCGGGAAUAACUGGCCCUGAGACCCCUAGACCCAAGGAGGCCUGUCCAUGCCAAGCAUCCAGGAAGCAUGGCUGGCCUUGUCCACCCAUGGGUCACGUCGGUUCCCAGGGGCAGUAUGGGAGAGCUUUGGGGGCAACAGGGAGAGUCUGGGUGGGGAGACAGGACUUGUCCAAGCAGAAGGCAGGACCCUGGGAAAUGUAUAAUGUAAGGACAUCAAUAAUAGUAUUAUUUUUUUUGUAAGGGAAAAUCAAUAUGUACAUUCUGAAAUCAUUUUCUCUGUAAAUGGUUGGAUUUCAUUUCACCCUUAAAGGGAUGCUUAAAGGAGAAGAUAAUAUUAAUAAUAAAAACAGCUACAAAGUCUGAA